AUGGCCGGGCCGGGGCGGGUGGCCAUCAAAAGGGUGCCACGGAACCGCAUCCGGCACUGGAGCGAGCUGCCCGACGGCACCAGCGCUCCCCUGGAGGUUGUGCUGCAGGACAAGGUGUCCACAGGCUUCCCCGGUGUCAUCCAGCUGCUGGAAUGGCUUGAGCUCCCCAGCGACAUUCUGAUGGUGCUGGAGCGGCCAGAGCACUGCGGGGUCCUGCACAGAGACAUCAAACCAGAGAACAUCCUGGUUGACCUGGCCACCGGGCAGGCAAAGCUCAUCGACUUUGGCUGUGGCACCUACCUGCAAGACACAGCCUACACUCACUUUGCAGGAACACCAUCAUACAGCCCCCCGGAAUGGACCCGCUUUGGCUGGUACCAUGGCGAGCCAGCUACCAUCUGGUCCCUGGGCGUCCUGCUGCACCAGAUGGUCUGUGGGAAGAUGCCUUUCAGGAGGGGCUGGAACUUCAGCUGGGGCCAGCUCUCGCUGCCACAACGGCUCUCUCCAGAGUGCCAAAAUCUGAUCGGGUGGUGUUUAUCCAUGCACUUCUUGGACAGACCCUCAUUAGAAGAGGUGUUCUGUCAUCCUUGGAUGCAGGAUAUUCAUCUGCCAUAGAAGAAGGGAGAGAGCCACAGUCGCACUGUGAUGCAGGGCCCUGGGAAGGAGAAGGAGCUCCCAGAGAAGCUGUACCGGGUGGGGCUGCUGCUGCAGGAGACAGCGAGGAUGACAUCAAGGAUGACAACCUCUUCCUCAACCUGGCCACCAGCAGUUGAAGAGGAAGCAUUCUAGGUGGUCCAGUCUGCAUUGGGAAGUGCUUGGGAGCAGCUGUGGCGUGGAUGGGCCGUGCCCUUGGAGCAGGCUGAGGACAUUGUUUGGGACCAGCUUUUCUUCCAGCCGUGGAUGGCGUGAG